AUGACGACGGCGGCGGCCGCAGUGCAGCAACUCUUGUUCAGCCACAUGGGAGUUGGACCCCGAGUUUCGCAUCGUCACCUCUUCUCGUCCUCAGUGCUUGCGUCCCUCGAGUCAAAACAAGCGCUCCUUACCCACGCUUGUCGUUCACAAUGUGCCGGUGUUGUUCAAGACGUUCUAAUCUUUCUAGCGCAAACGUUGUCGGAGCCGCUCUUUCUUCGCGAGCUUCGGCUACCGCAACACGAAUUUGCCAUGCAUCACUGGGCCAACUACCUUCGUGCGCAACAACAGCUCCAUGCCACGGCGUACGCAUCUCUACAAGACUACCCCCUCGUUACCUUCUUCCGAGGUGUCGGUCGGCACGCCGAGAUGGCAAGGGAGAUUCUCGAGCUUCUCUUGACCCAACCCGACAUUGCCAUGGCGCGCGAAUGGGUGGUCGAAGCCACACGAUUGCUCAAAGCAUCUCCCCAGCCAACGUGGCUCGAAACCCAAGUUGAGCAAUACUUUGCUCUGCAGCAAUUGAUUCGCGACAUUGAAGCGGAGGACUCUGCCUUGGCGCCGGCAGCACACGAGCUCGCGACCUUUGCCGACCAGCGCAUGUUUACGCAGGGGCUGAACUGGGGCAAGCGGCAUGUCCAGCUCACUGCGUCCAGGAUUUUGAUUCGGAAACACGAACCCGAUAAAGCCGAGCGCUCCAUGAACCCUUUCUUGGACAUGCGAACCGACUGCAUCAUGUUGGCGGCCGACAUGCAAGUAUUCUGUCGGCACCACUCGUCCAGCACGCACGCGGCAUCCCUCGAUCGGCCGUACUGCCUCGAGCUUGUCCGAUCCCAACCAAACGCCUCCACGGACGUGGCGCUCUUGCUCGAUAUGUGGACCGAACACGCUCGAAAUGCAUGGCUGGCAGCGCUCCAAGCCAACAUCACUCGCCUCAGCAUGGACCCGCUCUGGUUGAAGCACCCGCGCCCUCUCCUCGACCCAGCCAUGACCACGAUUGCCCACCUCCUUCGGUAUAUCUUGCUGUACCCGUCCAGCGACUCGCGCGACUGCCGCUUUCGCGACGCAUGCCGCGUCGAUGCGUCCAGGUCGUUGUACUUGCAGCUGUGCGUGUAUGGUCAGCUCCAGCAAUGGGAUGCCGUCGUCGAGCUGACGCGACCUGGAAAGGUCAAGCGAAUAUUCACGGCGCAGCCGCAGUCGUCGAUCGGGUUCGGACCGUUCAUCGACGUUUGUAUGGCCCACAACGCCCCGCCACAAGUGCUUGCGUUGUACCAGACUCUGUACGCAAAGCAAUCAAACAGGGGGUGGCAGUGUCGGCGCCGCGCAUGACACGAGCCACGCGGGUGUGUUGUCAUGAACGCCAGCGGCGGUGUGCGCUUCCGCCGCUCGAUGGUAUGUUUCCAGGGGAGAGCGGCGCGCGUACGACAUCUCGUUGGACGAGGAGAUCGCCGGAUAUCCAAGCGACGUCCAUGAUUGCGACGUGGUAGUGCAUGGAUCGAUUCCCGUUGUCAAAACAUCGUUGGGUUUCGUUGUGGCAUUUUCCAUGCUGCUCCAAGUGCGGGGUUAUCAAAACGGCAACGACCGCGCUCGUCGGCGGCAUGGGACCGAUGCCCACCGUCAUCGGUUGCUGAAAGACGAGACGAGUGCCUUGGAAAGGACGUCGUGUCGCCAGGCUCGACACGAUCGGUGGUUGUGCGCUAGUUUGAUGUCGCCAUGGCCGAUGACGCGGUGUGGAGAAGCACGCGUUCGAUCCAAUGGGUCCUUGUCGAAUCG